AUGUGUAUAAGAGACAGGAGUGUACCCGUGCUAUGAUGAAGCUUGUGUACUGCCCCCACUGUAGAGGCCUGGCCUCCGUCAAGCCCUGUGCCAACUACUGCAGAAACGUCAUGAAGGGCUGCCUUGCCAACCAGGCCGACCUGGACACCGAGUGGCAGAACCUCAUCGACACCAUGCUGCAGGUGGCGUCUAGUUUCAGUGCUGACCCCAGUGUGGACGUGGUAAUCUACUCCCUCCCCAUCCGCAUCUCAGAGGCCAUCCUCUACAUGCAGGAGAACACAGAGGUCUUCACCAGCAAGGUGUUCCAGGCCUGUGGGACCCCCAGGGUGGCAGACACACAGAGCUCAGGGUCUGAGGAGAGAAAGAAGAGAGUGAACCCUGCCAGCACCGCAAUGGAGUACAAACCCAGCCCCACCGUAGGGGUUCCACUGGAGAUGCAGAUAUCUGAUGUGUCCAGUAAGCUGAGGGAGAUGCAGCAGUACUGGGUCCAGCUGCCAGCUGCUCUGUGCAAUAGUAAAGUGGCAGCAGGAGCAGCUGGUGACAAGUGCUGGAAUGGCAUGACCAAGGCCAG